GAGACACAGUUGCUGAUCAUGGUUGCAUCUGGAAUGAUGAAUCUCUCAGCACUAUGUCAGAUGCCGAAGGCUGGUAGUAUGCUUGCUUAACACAGUAUUGAGACUUUAAACUGCAAAUGCAAAUUUGAGUUGGUUAAUUGGUUACCCUGUGCGAAUUGGCUUGCAUAGCUGUCGACGUCCUGGUUUGACGGCAACCCAUUGCACAGAGCUCGCCAUGGCGCCGCGCUCCUUCCACCCCACCGUUAGAUGGGAUCCCACGGUCGACUCCUACCUCACUUCCUGCCUGGGCCCCUCCCGCCUGGCUGCCAUCUCAGCUGCCCUCGCCCGCCCCGCCCGCCACACCUGCUUGCGAGUCAACACCCAGCGAGCAAAGCCGGAGGAUGUGGUACGGCAGCUGCGGGACAUGCAGCGGCAACGAGAGUGGCAGCAGCGGCAACAGGGGGAGCAGCAGCAGCAACAGCAGCAGCGACUGAGGGCCCCUCCUCCUCCGCCCCGGUUGCACCCGCACAUACCCACAGCGGUGGUGCUGUCGGGAAGUGGGCCUUGGGACGUGGAGUACGAUGAAGGCAUGCCUGAGGUGGUCGUUAACCGCUUCGCAGCAGAAGCCGUACUCAAGGGCGCCCACGUGUACGCUCCCGGCCUGCUGGCGGCCUCCCCGGGCAUCAAGGAGGGAGACCUGGUGGCGGUGAGCGCCGAGCUGGAGCGACCCGUGGGUCACCAGCAGCAGGAGCAGCAGCGGUGGGCGACGGGUAUCAGCCGUGGCGCAGCUGUUUCUCCCGACGGUUGCGUCACCUUGUCCUGGACCAGGCAGCAACAACAUCCGGGACAAACAAAACAACAGAAAGAACACCUAAAACAACAGCAGAAGCAAGGGAGCCAACAGCAGGGCUGCUUGUCGCGUGCCGUCCGCGAUGCCGGUACCUGCACUGAUGGCAGCUGCGCAUCGGCCGAAAGCGGCGGUGGUGUGGCCAGCAGUGGAGAAAGCUGCGACAACAGCUUAAAUAGCGUUACUGUUGCCCGUGACAUGUCAGGUAACGGCAGCAUUGCCGGCAACGACCGUGACGAAGACAGCACCAGCACCUCCAGCUGUAACGACAGCGAUGUCAGUAGCCACCCUUGCUGCAGUAGGAGUAGCAGCGUCUUCAAUGGGAGUAGGAGCAGCAGCGACCUGGAUAGCUGCAGCAGCAGCAGCAGAGGUAGUGAUGGCCGCAGCAGCGGUGGCGGCAGGGACGGGGGCCCCGCCGCCGGAGUCAGUCGCCCCUGUGAGCGGGUGUACCUGGGCGUG